AUGGACUUCUUGCAGCGACCUGAGGUAAGUACUAAAUCUCACUGGCUUCAACACAAGAAAUUUCACCCAACACGUGUGUAGCGACAAUACUGUCGAAGUUUGUAUGUGUAUUUGUUUUAAUACGCCUCUUAACACUCAUGUCAAAAGUAUGAAUGGAUGAAUUUUCUUUAACUCCUUUUCGCCCGGCCCCGUGAAAACUAUCCCAGAACUGCAAUAGUAUUUUUGAGGUUCAUAUUAUCUUCAGUGCAGUACAUGUUAUGUAGAUGAAAACUGGUAGAAAACUCAGCGAUGCGGGAUCAGAAAGGCAGCAACAACAUUUUGAGGCAAUGAAUGAUUACUUUAGGUAAUUAUGUUGUUGAGAUGGGUCCAAUAGUCACAACAUAAAGUCAUGCAGGAAAAUAUAAACAAAUUAAAGGGAGUAUGGCAAAGUGUAUUACAUCUUCAAGAAUUUUUUGGGUAAUGACUAAACAUCUAAACACCAUUCAAAUAUAUAUUAAUGGUACAGGCUAUAUUUUGGGGAAUCCCAGGAAGGAAGUGCUCAAUCUGUUUGGAUGCUUGGAAAAUAUCAGCAACACUAACGAGGAAAUAAUAAAACAGGAUGUUGUUUAGAAAGUCAUUGGUGAUGACUUUGGCAUAAUAUGUGAGUAUCUGGACAACAAACGUGACAGAGAUACUUUAAAGGCUAUCUUAACAAAAUUAACCAGUUCAACGUUUAUGGUGAAGUUGGCAAAUGUUCAAGAUAAACAUACUUUUCAGUGUGGAAAAGAUCAAGUUGAUAUGAACAUCCAGGUUUUUAAAGAAAGUGUGGAAUGGAAGGGUGAAAGCUGGAAGAAAGAAAUACAGACUUCUUCAGAAGACGAAACUCGAAAAGCUUCAUCAUGUAUUUGA